UUUCCCAGAUGCAGAACACCAAACCCUCUUUCAGUUCACCACUUUUCUGCCUCUCUAGGUCAAGAAAUUAGCUAGGUUUUACAGAUUUCAUUCAGAUUUUAAGCUCAAUUCUGGUCUCUUCUCUGGUUUCAUAGUUGAGAUUUCUUCUGUUUUAGAAAUGGUUGCAGUAGAACCAGCAACUGGGAUUGAUUUGGGAACAACCUAUUCAUGUGUAGCAGUAUGGCAGAAUGGCGGUGUUGAAAUCAUCCCUACUGAUCAAGGAAAUCGUACUACUCCAUCUUAUGUUGCGUUUACUGAUACUCACCGUUUGAUCGGAGAUGGUGCUCUGAAUCAAGUUGCUAUGAACCCUAUCAACACUGUUUUUGAUGCGAAACGUUUAAUUGGCAGGAAAUUCGACGAUACCUCUGUUCAGAGUGACAUCAAGCUAUGGCCUUUCACAGUCGUUGAUGGAGAAGUCAAGAGACCAAUGAUUCAAGUCAAUUGCAUGGGACAGGUUAAAAUGUUAUCAGCUGAGGAAAUCUCAUCCAUGGUUCUCACUAAGAUGCGAGAAACAGCUGAAGCUUAUCUUGGCACAAUUGUUAUGGAUGCUGUUAUCCCUGCUUACUUCAAUGAUUCACAACGCCAAGCUACUAAAGAUGCUGGUAUAGUUGCUGGCCUUAAUGUAGUACGAAUCAUCAAUGAACCAACGUGGGCAGGAAUUGCUUAUGGUCUAGAUAAGAAGGAAACCAAUGUAGCCACUGUAAAGGAGAAGGCGAGCUAUGCUGUUGCAGAGAAUGUUCUCAUCUUUGAUCUUGGUGGUGGUACUUUGGAUGUUUCAAUACUCAGCAUUAAAGAAGGAAUCUAUAAAGUCAAGGCUACAGCUGGAGAUACCCAUCUUGGAGGAGAGGAUUUUGAUAAUAGAGUGGUUAAUCACUUGGUUCAAGAAUUCAAGAAGAAGCACAAGAAGGACAUUAGUGGAAAUCAGAAGGCUAUUAGGAGGUUAAGAACAUCAUGUGAGAGGGCAAAGAGAACUCUCUCAUCUACUACUCGGACAAAAGUUGAGAUUGAUGGUCUAUAUGCAGGAGUUGAUUUUCAUGCAUCUAUCACUCGUGCUAAAUUCGAAGAGUUGAACAUGGAUUUGUUCAAGCAAUGUAUGGAACCUGUUGAGCUGUGUUUGACUGAUGCUAAGAUGGACAAGAGUAGCAUUCAAGAAAUUGUUCUCGUAGGUGGGUCCACUCGAAUUCCAAAGAUUCAGUCUCUAUUGCAAGAUUUCUUCAAUGGAAAGAAACUCUGCAAGAGCAUCAACCCUGAUGAAGCUGUGGCUUAUGGUGCUGCUGUGCAAGCUGCUAUUUUGAGUGGUGAGGCUAAUGAGAAGGUGCAGAACCUGGUGUUAGUGGAUGUCACCCCUCUUUCUCUUGGUGUUCAGACAAAAGGAGGUGGUAUGAGUGUGGUGAUCCCGAAGAACACAAGCAUUCCCACCAAGAACCAAAAAGGUUACACUACGGUUUUGGACGAUCAAAUUAGUGCGUAGUUUUUGAUAUUCGAAGGUGAGAGAAUUAACACCAGUGACAAUAACUUGUUGGGUACCUUCGUGUUGCAAGGAAUUCCACCAGAGCCUCGUAAUGCUGUAAAGCUUACAGAAUAUUUUGAUAUUGAUGCAGAUGGUAUAUUGACGGUGGUUGCCGAGGACAUGAAAUCAGGUAGUAAAAAUGUGAUUACUGUCAAAAAUAAUAAGGGAAAGUUGUCUUCUGAUGAGAUUAAGAGGAUGGUUCAGGAUUCUGAGAAAUACAAGGAAGAUGAUGAAAAACACAGGAAGAAGGUAGACUUAAGGAACACCUUUGAGACAUAUGCAAUCAAGAUGAGGAGCAUGAUCAGUAAUAACGGAGGGAUGCUAUCAUCCAAGGAUAAAAAGAAUAUCAAGAAUGCAGUCAACAACGCCGUUCAGUGGUUGGAAAGCAGUGAACUUGGUAAGACAGACGAUAUCAUUGACAAGAUGAAGGCAUUACAGAAUUUAUGCGACCCUAUCGUUGAUAAGCUGUACCAGCAGGGUGAUACUGAUAGCCCUCCUUCAACAAGAUCAGGCAGUGUUGCAUCAAAAUUUUCGAAAAUCUUAAGAUCAUUUGGUUUCCUCUGAUCAGGUGUUAUGCCACGACAUGGUUAGUUAUAGUUUGGCCAUAGUUCAUACGUAAUAGUCUUUAAUUAGGUUUUCUACUUUCAUGGUUGUGUUUGUUAGUGAUUUAACUUUUAGGUAGAAGGGUAUACAUAACUUGCAUUGUUUGCUCUCAACCUUUGACAGACGAGGGUAAGCACAAUGAUGUUUCCUAGCGUAAGUGAAGUUUUCGCGACUUGUUUAGCUGCUAAUUUGUGUGCAUUUACUCUUGCAUUAUCUUCAGGAGUGUCAAGUUUAAUAUAAACAGUACUUAACUUAUGGACCAAUUUAAGGUUAUAUUAUCAGUUAUUUAUUUUACAUGAGAAA